GGGUUCAGGCAUGCCAUGACGAUGGUCUUUGCUGUUGAUGAGAUCAACAAGAACCCCAACUUGCUACCUAAUGUGACUCUGGGAUACAGUCUCUAUGAUAACUGCGGUGCACUUGUUAUUGGAUUCCGUGCUGCUUUGGUGUUGUCCAGUGGUCAGGAUGAGCAGUUUCUGCUGCAGGAGAACUGUAUGGGGACCCCUCCAGUUAUGGGGAUUGUGGGUGAUUCCUACUCAACAUUUUCUAUUGCCACCUCCAAUGUGCUAGGUUUGUUCAGACUGCCCAUGGUGAGUCAUUUUGCCACAUGUUCCUGCCUGAGUGAUCGGAAACGGUUUCCAUCCUUCUUUAGAACAAUCCCAAGUGAUGCUUUCCAGGUGCGUGCUAUGAUUCAGAUUCUGAAACGCUUUGGCUGGACUUGGGUAGGCCUUCUGGUUAGUGAUGAUGACUAUGGGUUACAUGUUGCCCGAUCCUUCCAAUCUGACCUGUUUCGUUCUGGUGGAGGUUGUCUGGCAUACUCAGAGGUUUUGCCUUGGGGCAGUGACACAGCUGAACUGAGGAGGAUUGUGGAUGUGAUGAAGAAAUCAACAGCUCGCGUGGUCAUGGUCUUUGCACAUGAAAUACACCUUUAUCGACUAAUGGAGGAGGUGGUGAGGCAAAAUGUGACAGGUCUUCAGUGGAUGGCCAGUGAAGCUUGGGCAUCAGUUGAUGUCCUCCAGACGCCCAGCUUCAUGCCAUACCUGGGUGGCACGCUGGGCAUUGCCAUCCGCCGAGGAGAAAUAGCGGGGUUUAAGGACUUCCUGUUAGGAAUACACCCUAACCAACACCAUAUCAUCUAUGGAAAUAGUAUAGUAAAACAGUUUUGGGAAGACAUAUUUGAGUGUAAAUUUCCACCACCUCCAGCAGGUUGGGUGGAGGCUGGGGGGGCACUAUGUACUGGACAGGAGGAUCUGCAUAAUGUGGAGAGUGAGUUGUUUGAUGUUUCAAACCUAAGGCCAGAGUACAAUGUGUACAAGGCUGUGUAUGCUCUGGCGUAUGCCCUUGAUGACAUGCUGCGCUGUGUGCCAGGGAGAGGGCCUUUCAGCGGGCACAGCUGUGCCAGUUUGGAGCCAUGGCAGCUGGUUUAUUAUUUGGAUGCAGUCAAUUUCACCACAACAUUUGGGGAUGAGGUAUCAUUUGAUAUGAAUGGUGAUGCCUUACCAAUCUAUGACAUCAUGAACUGGCUGUGGCUGCCUGAUGGAAGAACAAAGAUUCAGAAUGUAGGCGAUGUUAAAGAGUCAGCCAAAGGUGAAGAACUCAAACUUGAGGAGGACAAAAUUUUUUGGAACUUUGAAUCCAAACAGCCACCACAGUCAGUGUGCAGUGAGAGCUGCCCACCAGGUACUCGCAUGGCCAGAAAGAAGGGGCAACCUGUUUGCUGUUUUGACUGCAUCUCUUGUUCUGAGGGAAAGAUCAGCAAUGAAACAGACUCCAUGGAGUGCACUACUUGUCCAGAGGACUUUUGGUCAAAUGUCCAGCGCGACCACUGUGUUCCUAAGAAAACAGAGUUCCUCUCCUACCAAGAGCCUCUAGGCAUCUGCUUGACAGCCACCUCAUUGCUGGGCACAUUUAUCUGUGCUGCUGUCCUGGUCAUCUUCACCUAUUAUCGCAGCACACCCAUGGUACGCGCCAACAAUUCAGAACUGAGUUUCCUGCUCUUGGUGUCACUUAAACUAUGUUUCCUUUGCUCACUGCUGUUUAUUGGACGUCCCAGGCUGUGGACAUGCCAGCUGAGACAUGCAGCAUUUGGGAUCAGCUUUGUGCUUUGUGUCUCAUGUAUUCUUGUGAAAACCAUGGUGGUUCUGGCUGUGUUCAAGGCAUCCAAGCCAGGAGGUGGAGCAAGUCUAAAGUGGUUUGGUGCUGUGCAGCAGAGAGGGACAGUUAUGGUUCUUACUUCUAUUCAAGGAGCAAUCUGCACUGCCUGGCUUGUCUCUUCCUCACCAGUUCCUCAUAAAAACACUCAAUACUACAAUGACAAGAUAGUUUAUGAGUGUGUAGUUGGGUCUACAAUUGGUUUUGCAGUGUUACUGGGUUACAUUGGCUUACUGGCUAUCCUUAGCUUCUUGUUGGCAUUUCUUGCAAGGAAUCUUCCAGACAACUUCAAUGAGGCCAAGCUCAUCACUUUCAGCAUGCUGAUCUUCUGUGCUGUGUGGGUGGCCUUUGUCCCUGCUUAUGCAAACUCCCCGGGCAAAUAUGCAGACGCAGUGGAGGUAUUUGCCAUCCUGGCCUCCAGUUUUGGCCUCUUGGUAGCCCUGUUUGGACCCAAAUGUUACAUAAUCCUGCUGAGACCAGAGAGGAACACAAAGAAAGCAAUCAUGGGUCGAGCCACACCCAAGACAAUAAGAAACAGGGGUGUAGGUAGGAGGGCAGUUAUGGGAGCAUUUCUGUGUUUGUAUGUCUACCGGAUCUUGAUUUUGUUUCCUUCAUUUUUCUUGUCAGAGUCUACCUCUCAUUUCUCAUCUUGUAAAUUAAGGAGACAGUUUUUUCUUAAUGGGAUGCACAAGCCUGGUGAUGUGAUUCUGGGUGGGAUGUUUGAAAUCCAUUACACCUCUGUCUUCCCUGAGCUCACAUUCACCUCAGAGCCAAAUCAGCUAAUCUGCCAAGGCUUUGACCCUCCAGGGUUCAGGCAUGCUAUGACUAUGGCCUUUGCUAUAGAUGAGAUUAACAAAAAUUCCAAUCUGCUACCCAAUGUGACUCUGGGAUACAGUCUUUAUGACAACUGUGGCACACUUGUAAUUGGAUUCAGUGCUGCAUUGACAUUGGCCAGUGGUCGAGAGGAGACAUUUCUUCUUCAAGAGAACUGUUUGGGGACCCCACCCGUCCUGGGGAUUGUGGGCGAUUCCUUCUCGACAUUUUCUAUUGCCACCUCUGAUGUGAUCGGUUUAUUCAAAUUGCCCAUUGUGAGUUAUUUUGCAACCUGUUCCUGCCUGACUGAUCGCCAGAGGUUUCCAUCCUUCUUUAGAACAAUACCAAGCGAUGCUUUCCAGGUGCGUGCUAUGAUUCAGAUUCUGAAACGCUUUGGCUGGACCUGGGCAGGUCUGCUGGUUAGUGAUGAUGAUUAUGGACUCCAUGUUGCCCGAUCCUUCCAAUCGGACUUGGCUCAGUCUGGUGGAGGUUGCCUAGCCUACUCAGAGAUUUUACCCUGGGGUGACAACCCAGCUGAACUAAAAAGGAUUGUGGAAGUGAUGAAGAAAUCCACAGCUCGUGUGGUCAUUGUGUUUGCACAUCAGAUCCACAUGAUUCAACUAAUGGGAGAGGUGGUGAGUCAGAAUGUGACAGGACUGCAGUGGAUGGCCAGUGAAGCCUGGACAGCCGCUGCUGUGCUCCAGACACCUCACCUCGUGCCGUACCUGGGUGGCACACUGGGUAUUGCCAUCCGCCGAGGAGAAAUACCAGGGCUUAGGGACUUUCUGUUAAGAAUACAUCUUCACCUAUAUGACAGCUAUAGUGACAAUAGCAUGGUUAGGCAGUUUUGGGAAUUCACAUUUCAGUGUAGAUUUCACCCGCCUCCAGCAGGCUGGAUGGAAGCUGGAGGAGCAUUAUGCACUGGAAAUGAAGACCUAGAGAAUGUGGAGUCUGAGUUUCUGGAUGUUUCUAACCUCAGGCCAGAGUACAAUAUUUACAAGGCUGUGUACGCUCUGGCGUAUGCUCUCGAUGACAUGCUGUGCUGUGUGCCAGGGAGAGGGCCUUUCAGCGAGCACAGCUGUGCCACUUUGCAAACACUGGAGCCAUGGCAGCUUAUGCAUUACUUGGAAAAGGUAAACUUCACUACACCAUUUGGCGAUCAAGUGUCAUUUGAUGAGAAUGGUGAUGCCUUACCAAUAUAUGAUAUCAUGAACUGGCAGUGGCUCCCUGAUGGAAGAAUUAAGGUUCAGAGUGUGGGGGUUGUUAAGAAGUCGACCUCGAAAGGUGAAGAACUCACACUUGAUGAAGACAAAAUCUUCUGGAACUUUGACUCAAAACAGCCACCCCAGUCAGUGUGCAGUGAGAGCUGUCCUCCAGGUACCCGCUUGGUAGGCAAAAAGGGGAAGCCUGUGUGUUGUUUUGACUGUGUCCCUUGUUCUGAGGGAAAGAUCAGCAAUGAAACAGACUCCAUGGAGUGCAUCAGUUGUCCAGAGAACUUCUGGUCCAGCCCCCAGCGUGACCAUUGUGUUCCCAAGAAAACAGAGUUCCUCUCCUACCAUGAGCCUCUGGGUAUCUGCUUGACAACUGCCUCAUUGCUGGGCACAUUUAUCUGUGCUGCUGUCCUGUGCAUCUUUACCUAUUAUCGUAACACACCCAUGGUACGUGCCAACAAUUCAGAACUGAGUUUCCUGCUCUUGGUGUCACUUAAACUAUGUUUCCUGUGCUCACUGCUGUUUAUUGGACGUCCCAGGCUGUGGACAUGCCAGCUGAGACAUGCAGCAUUUGGGAUCAGCUUUGUGCUUUGUGUCUCAUGUAUUCUUGUGAAAACCAUGGUGGUUCUGGCUGUGUUCAAGGCAUCCAAGCCAGGCGGUGGAGCCAUUCUGAAGUGGUUUGGUGCUGUGCAGCAGAGAGGGACUGUGCUAGGUCUUACAUCAGUUCAAGCAGCAAUCUGCACUGCCUGGAUUGUCUCUUCCUCACCAGCUCCUCAUAAAAACACUCAAUACCACAAUGACAAGAUAGUUUAUGAGUGUGCUGUAGGGUCCACAAUUGGUUUUGCAGUGUUACUGGGUUACAUUGGCUUCCUGGCUAUCCUUAGCUUCCUGUUGGCAUUUCUGGCAAGGAAUCUUCCAGACAACUUCAAUGAGGCCAAACUCAUCACUUUCAGCAUGCUGAUCUUCUGUGCUGUGUGGGUGGCCUUUGUCCCUGCUUAUGUAAACUCUCCAGGCAAAUAUGCAGACGCAGUGGAGGUAUUUGCCAUCUUGGCCUCCAGUUUUGGCCUCUUGGUAGCCCUGUUUGGACCCAAAUGUUACAUAAUCCUGCUGAGACCAGAGAGGAACACAAAGAAAGCUAUCAUGGGUAGGGGAACCACCAAGACAUAA